AUGACAGGCAAACUCCGUGUUCUUCUCGUCGGCAAUGGCGGCCGCGAACACGCUCUCGCGUGGAAACUCGUCCAAUCGCCAUCUGUCGAGCACAUCUACGUCGUUCCCGGCAACGGCGGGACUGCGACCCUCGACAAGAAAGUCACAAACGUUUCAGACGUCAAGGAUUCGGACUUCGCUGGCCUCGUCACCUUUGCCAAAGAGAAAGAUAUCAACCUUUUAAUCCCAGGCCCUGAAGCACCGCUGGUGGCUGGCAUCGUCGACUACUUUGCGAAGAAUGUCGGCGAUAGCAUCAGGGCCUUUGGUCCGUCAGAGGCGGCUGCGGCAAUGGAAGGCAGCAAGACAUUUAGCAAAGACUUCAUGAGACGACACAAUAUUCCCACCGCCGCAUACGAGAACUUCAGCUCCUACGACGCUGCCAAGUCAUACCUCGACACCAUCUCCCACAACAUCGUCAUAAAAGCGUCAGGUCUCGCAGCAGGGAAAGGCGUCAUCAUACCACAAAGCAAAGAAGAAGCACACGCUGCGCUCAAGGAUAUAAUGCUGGACAGGGAGUUUGGGGCCGCGGGCGACGAGGUCGUGAUUGAAGAGUUCAUGGAAGGUGACGAGCUCUCCAUUCUCUCCUUCAGCGACGGCAACACAAUUAAGAGCCUACCUCCCGCUCAGGACCACAAGCGCAUCUUCGACAAUGACGAGGGGCCCAACACAGGAGGCAUGGGCACGUACGCACCAACGCGUAUCGCACCCCAAGACGUACUCGACCAUGUAGACAGGGAGAUUCUACAACCGACAAUCGAUGGCAUGCGCUCCGAGGGCAUGCCGUUCAAGGGCGUGCUCUUCACAGGGCUUAUGAUGACGAAAAAUGGGCCAAAGGUGUUGGAGUAUAAUGUGCGAUUUGGAGACCCAGAGACACAGAGUUUGCUGGCACUGAUGUCGAGUGACCUUGCUGAAGUGAUGAUUGCGUGUGCGGAGGGUAGACUAAAAGAUGUAGACGUCAAGGUGUCAGCUCGUUCGGCUGCUACUGUUGUGGUUGCAGCUGGAGGAUAUCCUGGCAGCUAUGCUAAGGGCACCCCUAUGACACUGGAUGCUGUGCCGGAAGAUGUCGUUCUGUUCCAUGCCGGAACAUCCUUCUCAGACAACACACUCAAGACGUCCGGUGGUCGCGUUAUCGCGUCAACAGCCACCGCAUCCACACUUGAAGAAGCCGUCGCCAAAGCAUACAAGGGCGUGGAAUGCAUACACUUCGAAGGGAUGCAAUACCGGAAGGACAUUGCAGGCCGCGCCUUGAGGAAGUGA